CCGCCGCCGCCGCGCCCUGAGGGACCCCGUGGCGUGCCCGGCGCCGUGCCCCCGGUGCCAUGGCUGCUGUCGUCGCCCCGCUGCUGCUGGCCCUGGCCGCCGCUGCCGCGGGCACGCCGGGGGCCUCGUGGAGUGCUGUGCCCAGGAGGACUGUGCCCUACGAGGAGCUGCAGGACACCGCCCGCCGUUUCUCCCAGGGCGGGGUCUCUCACUACUUGACGCUGACGCUGGACGAGGCCGAGGCGCUGCUCUACGUGGGUGCCCGCGAGGCCGUGUUCGCCCUGGCCACGGGCACCGUGGAGCUCAAGGCGGCGAUCUCCUGGGAGGCGCCCGUGGAGAAGAAGGCGGAGUGUGUGCAGAAGGGCAAGAACAACCAGACCGACUGCUUCAACUACGUGCGCUUCCUGCAGAGCUACAACAGCUCCCACCUGUACGCCUGCGGCACCUACGCCUUCCAGCCCAAGUGCACCUACAUCGAGCUCUCUGGCUUCACCCUGGACCCGGUGGCGUUCGAGGACGGCAAAGGCAAAUGUCCCUACGACCCCACCAAGGGCCACACCGGCCUCAUCGUGGACGGGGAGCUCUACUCUGCCACCUUCAACAACUUCCUGGGCACGGAGCCCGUCAUCCUGCGCAACCUGGGCCCGCACUACUCCGUGAAGACCGAGUACCUGACCUCGUGGCUCAACGAGCCUCACUUCGUGGCCUCGGCCUUCGUGCCCGAGAGCGCGGGCAGCAGCGGCGACGACGACAAGGUGUACUUCUUCUUCAGCGAGCGCGCCGUCGAGUACGACUGCUACGCCGAGCAGGUGGUGGCACGGGUGGCACGGGUCUGCAAGGGGGACGUGGGCGGCGCGCGGACGCUGCAGAAGAAGUGGACGUCGUUCCUGAAGGCGCGCCUGGUGUGCUCGGCGCCCGAGCAGCAGCUGCACUUCAACCGCCUGCAGGCCGUCUUCACCCUGCCCGGUGCCCGCUGGCAGGACACCGCCUUCUUCGGCGUCUUCCAGGCCCGCUGGGGGGACGUGGACGUCUCUGCCAUCUGCCGCUACCCCAUCCUGGAGGUGAGGAAGGCCUUCGAGGGGCCCUACAAGGAGUACCGGGAGCAGGCGCAGAAGUGGGGGCGCUACUCGGGCGAGGUGCCCACGCCCCGGCCCGGCGCGUGCAUCACGGACUGGCACCGGCAGAACGGCUUUGCCAGCUCGCUGGAGCUGCCCGACAACACGCUCAACUUCGCCAAGAAGCACCCGCUGAUGGACCAGCCGGUGCCACCCCAGCGCGGCCGCCCGCUGCUGCUCAAGAGGGAUGCCAACUUCACCCAGCUCGUGGUGGACCGCGUGGCAGGGCUGGACGGGGCCACCUACGAGGUGCUCUUCAUUGGCACAGGUGACGGCUGGGUGCACAAGGCGCUGGAUUUGGGCACCCGCACCCACCUGGUGGAGGAGCUGCAGGUGUUCGAGCCGCCGCAGCCCGUCGAGAGCCUGGUACUGGCGGGCACCAAGAAGCUGCUGUUCGCCGGGUCCCGCUUGCAGGUGGCACAGCUGCCCCUGGCAGAGUGCGGGCGCUACCGCUCCUGCACCGACUGCGUGCUGGCACGGGACCCCUACUGCGCCUGGAGCCGCAACGGCAGCGCCUGCGUCCGCGCCGACGGGCACAACGGGUCCCACCUGGUGCAGGACGUGCUGAGCUCCGACACCGGCGCCUGCUCCGUGCCACAGGUGGCCAAGCAAGGGCCGCUGACCCCCAAGAACGUGACGGUGGUGGCGGGCACGGACCUGGUGCUGACGUGCCGCCUGGCCUCCAACCUGGCGCGCGCCCUCUGGACCUUCGAGGGCCGGGCGCUGGCGGCGCAGCAGGCGCUGCUGCCGGGCGAGGCGCGGCUGCGGGCGCUGGUGGUGCCCGGCGCGGGCGCCCAGCACAGCGGCACGUACCGCUGCCUGGCCGAGGAGCAGGGCGCCCGCCUGCCCGCCCAGGAGUACCGCGUGGCCGUGCUGCCCGGCCCGGGCGCGCCGCUGGAGACGCGGGCGCCGCCGCAGGGCCUGGGCGCCGUCUGGGCGCUGGCCGUGUGCCUGGGCGCCCUGUGCCUGCUGCUGCUGCUGGCCGUGCUGUCGCUGUGGCGCCGGCUGCGCCGCGAGCUGGGCAAGGGCGCCAAGGCCAUCGAGAGCACCCUGGUGUACCCCAUCGAGCUGCCCAAGGAGCCGCCCAGCCCGCGCUUCGUGCCCAGCGCCGCCUCCGACUCGGACGAGAAGCUCUGGGACCCGGCCAGUUAUUACUACUCGGACGGGUCGCUGAAGAUCGUGCCGGGCCACGCCGGCGCCGCGGGCGCCGCCCGCUGCCGCAACGGCGCCGCCUCGCCGCCCGCCGCCGUGCCCGGGCAGCCGCUGCACUCGCCCACGCGCAUCCACCUGGGCGCCCUGCGCGGCUCGGCCUCCAACGGGUACAUCCGGCUGGCGCUGGGCGCCGAGGAGCGCCCGGCCUGCGCCGACCUGGCCGAGGAGCUGCGGCGCAAGCUGCAGCAGCGCCAGCCCCUGCCCGACUCCAACCCCGAGGAGUCCUCGGUGUGAGCCGCGCCCGGCGCGGGCACCGCCGAGCGGGCACGGCGGAGCUGGUGUCGGCAUCCGGCUGGGGACGGGUGGAUGGCACCAAAUCCCGGCUGGGGAUGAGAGCCUGGCACCACAUCCCGGCUGGGGAUGGAAGUUUGACACCAGGACCUGGCUGUGGAUGGACACCUGGCACCAAAACCUGGCUGUGGAUGGACACCUGGCACCAAAACCUGGCUCAUGAUGGACACCUGGCACCAAAUCCUGGCUGCAGAUGAGAGCCUGGCACCAAAACCAGGCUGAGGAUGGACACCUGGCACCUAAACCCAGCUGGUGAUGGAAGCCUGGCACCUAAACCAAGCUGGGGAUGGAAGCCUGGCACCAAGACCUGGUUGGUGAUAGAAGCUUGGCACCAAGACCUGGCUCAUGAUGGACACCUGGCACCAAAACCUGGCUGAGGAUGGACACCUGGCACCUAAACCUGGCUGGUGAUGGAAGCCUGGCACCAAGACCUGGCUCAUGAUGGACACCUGGCACCAAAUCCUGGCUGGGGACGGGCGCCUGGCACUGGCACCCGCCCUGGGGACAGGAGUGCCACACUGGCACCCGCCCUGGGGACAGCAGGGUCACCACAGGGUCUGCCCAGUGUCACCCCGGUGCCAGCGCCCGCCCUGGGGACAGGAUCGUCACCCUGGCACCGGGAUUGUCACUCUGCCACCUGCCUUGGGGACGGCCCUGGCACCCAGGGGGUGGCACUGCCACCCUGGCACCGGGAUUGUCACUCUGCCACCAACCUUCGGUACGGUGUCCCCACGGAGGGACAGCCUUGGGGACACCCCCGGGCCCUGUGCCCACCCGUGCCCACCCGUGCCCACCCGUGCCCGGUGCCCUCGGGA